AUAACGAAUAAAUUCACAAAUGUCCUUAGAAAAUUGCCAUCGUAUAAACUUGGCAAUUUUUAAUCGAGUUUCAUUUAAAGCCAUUUCAAUAUAUUGAAAAUGAUACGAAUUCAAACUAUCCAAAAUAUUCGGAGGUUAUCUCAAAUAAUCAUCACCUUUCCGAAAUCUUCACUGAUUGGUUCUAGUUUUAAGUUUCCUUUAUUUUUGGAGCAAAGAACUAGGUCAAACAUAGCCAUCGAUUAUGAUCGACAGGAGAAAGAAGACAAUUAUCAUCGAAAACCUAAUCGUGUUCACUUGAGAUGGGAUCUCAUUACGACAAUCCUCGUUUUGCUAGGCAUCCAAGAUUCAUCCGAUCGCCCUAAAGAUUCGCCAUUAAUAAUGAUAAUCAAACGAGGAAUACUGGCCAAACAACGUAAACAACAUCAUCAUGCAGAGAUGUUGUUACAUACCGCAUUGAAAAUGGCUCAGGAUUUAUCUUAUACUGAUGCUGAAACAUACAUAUUCGAUGUUAUGGCAGACAACUAUUUCGAAAAAGGUGAUUAUUCGAAAGCACUCGAACUUUAUCUCGAAGUUUUGUCGAGACUAUCGAAACGUGAUGACUUUACUUAUGAUUGUGAAGCUUUGAUUGAAAUAAGCAUCAAACUGUCCUAUUGCUAUGGACGCUUAAAUCAGAUAGAUUCAGCCGAAAAAGGAUUUCAAUUUUCUAUCGAUACUCAAUUGAUUCGAACUGACUCAUUUUUCGAUGAUCGUAAAGGCGAAUUACGUUCGAUCGAACAGCUGGAUAACGAUGAACAACGAAAUUCUCUAGCAUUGUUGGGUAUGGCCUACGAUUAUUACUCCAAACAUUUGGAGAAACUUUCAUCCAAACUAUUGGAUCGAGCUUUAGUAUAUCGUAAUAAAGCGUUAAAAAUAUCAUUGCUAGUCAACGGCAACGAUCAUCAACAGACGUUGAUCCUAGAAAAUGAUAUCGCUGACCUAUAUGCUCGAAUGGCGAAAUUCGACCAGGCGAAACUUUAUCUUCGUCGUGCUAUCGAUAAGGCACAAGACUUGCAACUUGUUGAUUUAUUGCCUGUUUUUCUAAUGAAUUUAGCAGCCAUUUAUUGCCAGGAUAAUCGUCCAGAUUUGGCCAAAAAAUUCUGCCGUCAAACCAUGGACAUUCUAUCCAAAUGGUCACAAGAAUCUUCUAGUGAUAAAUUCGAAGAAUUACUCACCGAAAAAGAACGAUCACAAUUGAUAGAAAAAUGUGAACUAUGUCUUAAUGGCUUACGAUUCUAUUAGGGUUUCGAUUAUCUUACUAUUGAAUAUAUAUAUCAAUAUUUAUACUAUAGAUUUGAUUGACACAUUUUAAUUGAUUACAAUUUUAUAGUUUAUUAGUAUGUUUUUCAAGUUAGCAAUCGGUAAUAAAAAAAAGAUUUUUUUUUGCAUGAUUAA